ACAACUCUGCAGAGGACUUUUCAGCAGUUCCCAGGAACCUUUCGAGCUUAACACACCUAAUAGGAAAGCAGAUCCAGGAUUUCCGUUGAAAGUGAUAGAAUAUCUUCUGAGCAGCGAAAGUUUAUUCAGAAAUAUCCAUUAAGAUGGACGAUCGUACAAUUGAUACGAUAUUCGCGGGUUCGCUUGAAAAUUUGCCCCCGGUGAGCUCUAAAAUUGUUCGGAUUUUCACCAGUUCCACGUUCACGGACACAACCAUGGAACGUAACAAUUUGAUGGCCAAAUGCUACCCAAGGAUUAAGGAUUACUGCCGAGAAAAACAUGGAUUGGAAUUUCAGGUUGUCGACAUGAGAUGGGGCGUAAGAGAUGAAGCCACCGAUGAUCACAUGACUACUGAACUUUGCAUGCGGGAGAUCAAAAACUGUCAGCGGUUAUCGAUGGGUCCGAAUUUCGUCGUGUUCCUCGGUCAAAAAUAUGGUUAUCGGCCAAUACCUACCUACAUUUUGUCCUCAGAGCUGCAGUUGAUCAGAGAUGACCUCGCAGCUAUGGGUAUUGAUGUUUCCCUGUUAGACUUAUGGUACAAGAAAGACAGCAAUGCAGUACCCCCCAUAUCCAUCCUUCAACCAAUAUCAUCGAUCCUGACCAAUUUCAACAACAAGCGCGUUCCCAAAUUACAAGCAGAAGAUCAAGCGGUUUGGUGGGAUACCAUGACCAAAAUGCAAAAACUGUUCCGCAAAGGUGCAGCUUCGCUGUUCUCCCAGGGCAAAUUGGACAAGGAUCAAACUCAUAAUUAUUUCAUGUCAGUGACUGAGCGAGAAGUUAUCAAUGGUGUUUUGAACGUCAAGAAUACUAAGAAUCAUUGUCUGGCUUACAUUCGAUACAUCAACAACAUAAACUUGCAAAAUCUGAAGAAAGCCUCACUCUAUGUGGAUAUUCUUAAUCGUAGCUUAGAUACCGAAGCAUGUAAACUCCUUGCUGACUUACGAGAUGUUCGAGUGCCGAAUCGAAUCGAAGCAUCCAAUAUACAGAAAUAUACCAUUGAAUGGAUCGGUCGGGAGGGACUGGAUGUUGAAACCCACGAGGAGUAUUUAAACCAUUUCAUUACACAUUUCUACAAAAAUAUUGUUAAACUUGUAGAUCGUGCUAUGCGCAAAGAGGAUUCCAGUGCCCAGGGCCAGAUUGUAACUGAGAUACUGCAGCAUCUUCACGCCUGUAACAAUUCGGUCAAGGUGUUCUAUGGUCGUGAGGAACAGCUGAAGCGAAUUGAGAGUUACAUGCUAGGAACUUGUGAUAAACCUUUGGUACUGUAUGGAGAAGGUGGCUGUGGAAAAACUUCUCUACUGGCUAAGAGUGCAGCUUUAACGUUUACCGAAUGGUUCGCCAAGGUUAGGCCUAUCAGCAUAAUCCGAUUUCUUGGAACGACUCCAGAUUCUAGUGCUCUCACCCCUACGCUGAUUUCAAUUUGUCAACAGAUAUCAUAUAACUUCAUGUUACCUUUUGAUCAAAUACCAGAUGAUUUAGUUCCGUUAACCGCGCAUUUUAAGCAACUUCUUACCUACGCCAGUAAACAACAACCUCUAUUACUGUUCCUCGAUUCCGUUGACCAGCUAACAGGGACUCAAGAUUCUAGCAAAGUUUCCUGGCUACCUACUCGACUACCACCACUUUGCAGAAUUAUUGUUACAUGUGCCGCAGAAGAAUCCAACCCGGUAGUGUCCCAGGAGUACCAUCUAUUGCGACGCAUGAUCGAUAUUGAAGACAACUUCAUCGAAGUUACGGCUUUGGGCGAAGACCUGGCAAUGAACGUUAUCAAGAUGUGGAUGGCAACUGCUUGUCGGGAUCUCUCCAAUUAUCAGUGGCGCCUAGUAGCAAACGCGAUCGGCAAAUGUUCUCUGCCGAUUUUCGUCAAACUUGUUUUUGCGGAAAUCUGCCGCUGGAGAAGCUACACACGGCCGCAGGAUACCCAUCUGGCUUCGACCGUCAUGGAUAGUAUUAUGAUGCUUUUUGAGCGUAUUGAGAAGCAGCACGGACGAAUCCUUGUAUUCCACGCACUGGCUUACAUCACUGCGGCAAAGUCAGGACUUUCGGAGAGUGAGCUGGAGGAUUUGAUCUCACUGGAUGAUCGCGUACUCGACGACGUCUAUCAGUACCAUUUGCCGCCAGUUCGUCGAAUUCCUCCUUUGUUGUGGACACGAAUCCGUAAUGACCUGCCCAACUAUCUCAGUGAACGGGAAGCAGAUGGAGUAAACGUUAUGAACUGGUACCAUAGGCAAUUCAGAGACACCGCUAAAGAGCGAUACUUUAAGAACAUGAAUAUGGCAAUCUAUUUUCACUCAAUGAUCGCCGAUUACUAUCUUGGAAUCUGGGGUGGAAAACCGAAGCCGUUCAAGUACACGGAGAUUCAGAGGCACCGUUUUGGCCUAACGGAUAAAGAAGGUAUCGCUGAUAGAAAAGUUCCCAUUCAACCAUUAGUUUUCACCAAUAAAGAAGGCAAAGUCACUCGAUAUAAUCUAAGGAAGUUUGGAGAACUGCCUUUCCAUUUGGUGCGAUCUAGACGGUUCACGGAUCUGUACGAAAACGUACUUUUCAACUACGACUGGUUGCACGCAAAGUUGUCCAGCUGCCCCCUGCAGGCCGUUCUGGCUGAUUUCGAAGAUGCCUCGGUGAAUAUUGACGAUAAAGAUGCCAAACGUGAGCUUAUGUUGGUAGCCGAUGCACUUCGACUAGGCGGUGCUAUUCUCGGUGUCUAUCCAAACAUGCUGGCGGCGCAGUUGAUCGGUCGUUUGCUGCCUGAAAUUGGCGGAAAUCCCAACAUUAAGAUGUUGCUUGAAGCUUGCGAUAAAUCAGGCCCCAAGGACUCCGCUCUCAUUCCCCUAAACCACUGUCUCCACACACCAGGAGGACCAUUGAAGUACUCUCUGGAAGGGCAUCAGUUUGCGGUGUUUGGGUUCUGUCUUACCAGCGAUUAUCGCUACAUGGUGUCGAUUUCAACUCGAUUUAUCACGUGGGAUUUGUCCACUUCCGACUUAACGCGUGACGUGAAUCCCGGCAUGGAAGGGAUUAUGCAGCAGUUGGUUCUCAGCCCCGACAACAAGUGGGCUGCCGCAUACACAAAUAACAGCCAGAGUGUGCUGCUGAAUAUGCUGUCGAGUGAAUUCGCAAUCGUGGACAACCCUUUCAAUGAAAAUGAACCAAUUACCGGACUGUAUCUACUAAACAAGAACCUAUUCCUGCACACAAAACUUCGCUACGCUUAUUAUGACAUGCGAGGAACAUUGAUUGAGAAGCAGCAACUCAACGAUGUUACCGAUGAGUGGGAACUGUUAUUCAUGGAAUUCUCAUCAUUCACUGACUUCUUCGCAAUUCUAUGGUCUGGUGUUAUAAACGACACCAGACUGAUGCUGUAUACCAGCAAGGACGAGUACAAAAUUCCCAUGAUAACUAUGCACAGUGUAACCACCAUGAAGAAAGACAGGAAGACAAUGUAUUGUUGCCACCAGGAAAACCUUUACCAGGUCAGCGAAUUCCAAUACGAGGAGAACGAGGAAGAAAAAACGGCAGAAUGGAAACAUGUGCGCGACUUGCCACGUUAUGAGAAUGAUGUCAAGGAAAUGGCUCUUCAGCUCAAGAUGGAUCAAAACGACCGAUUUCUGUUGGCCAGCACUGCUAACGGCUUCGUCGUUUGGGACUUUGACCAGGAAGAUCCCAUCUCUGAGGAAGCCAUAUAUCUUGCAUUACCCCAUGGCGUACGCAAUAUUUCCACAAAGAUGACUCAAUCGAACUCUGUCAUGAUCAGCUCCAAGGUGGAUUACGCGGUAGCUGGUGUUAGGAAGAGCCUGUACGUAUGGUGCGUGAAGACGAAACAACUGAUGAAAGUUUUGGAUGCGCAUUUUGGAAGGAUCAUGCAACUUGAGGCACUGACUAUCGGCACGUGGAACAGUGUGAUUACAUCCAGUAUCGAUAGGUCGGUCAAAAUUUGGAACAUCAACAAUAUUUUUGAGCAGGUCCACGUUAUCGACAGGCAUGAACUGCAAAUUGAUGGCAUUAGUCUUUCAGAAAACGGCGAGCUGGCAGUAACCGUAACGCGAUGCUGUGUCGGAGUUUGGGAAAUAAGAACGGGUCGAUUGCUAUCCAAGCUGGCGGACAGCCCGCUAGGAGCUAUCGUAACGCACGCAGAGAUUACACCGGACGGACGAUAUAUUGUAUCAUCGGAAACAGGGAAAAUCCUUAUAUGGAACCGAGUAACCGAACAAGUGCUUUCGCGUGACUCCCAACCGGGUAUACAGCAAUUGAACUUUUUGGAGAAUGGAGAUAAAUUUUUAGCUGUGUCCUGUCCCAAUGCAACUAACGCAUCGGCCACAGCCGGAGGCGAUGAACAGAAACUUUUGGCACAUGUUAAAGUGCGCAGUAUCCCGGAUGGACAAAUGAUCUUUAAUUUCGAAUAUCCCGUCCGAUUGGUGCCUGGAUUACCAUUCCGGUGCGCAGUUGUGACGGCUGAUGGUCAGCAUAUAGUUUGUGCUUCGGUGGAUAAAAACAAUAAGGACUCAGUAUGGGUGUACAGCGCCAUCAAUGGAACUCAUGAGCACAAGAUUUCCCUGAAAGGAUGCAACAUCAAAGAGGUUGCUUCGUUGUUGCCUCUUCCACAUAAACCUACGCAGGUCGCGGUCAUAACUAAUGAAAAGGGAAGUAUUAUGGAUAUAAAGACCAGGAAGCAUGUCCGAUCCAUUCCGAAAUGGGGAGGCACAAGCACAAGAGAUGGUAAGUUUGGUCUCUACGCACCAUCCCGAGGAGGCCUAGAACUUUUGGAACUGAAGAAAGGCUCUACAGUGAAGACCUUCAUACCCAAAGUUGCUGAAGGUGUAUUCACGGUUAUUUGUAUGUUCACCGAUACGGACGAGUAUGUUCUAUACUACCACAGCGGCAGAAAAACCCUGCGAGUAUUUCGCACCAGCGAUACUGAAAUGAUCGCCAACUACCGCAUGCAAGCGGAACUAACCGCCAUUAAAAGCACUUCGGAUGGAAAAAGUCUGGUACUAGGUACAGUUGAUGGUUGUAUUUCGGUAUUGGCAAUAGCAGACCAGGAGAAGCCCGAAAUGCAAGAUUUCCUCAAACAGCUACCUUCGCGUGAUGCAAACUGGAAGAAAAAACUUGCGAAGCAAAAAGCUUCGGCCAGAUUCAAAGCCGCAAUGAGAUUGGCAUCUAUCUCAACUCGAUUCGGAACACCGAUUGAAGAUGAUGAAGAUGAUCAAGACAAAGAUGACAACUAGUUAAAUCAACUUCUUUUAUAACCCACAAUCUGUUUGAACAUUUGUUAAACAAUUGUAUUGAAUUAAAUGUAUGUUAUCAAAUUCCUGCAAAUCGUUCCAUAAAACCUAGAUUAGAAUAAAUCCUACUAAGAAUAAGCAUUAGA